AUGGAUUCAGAAGGCGCUGAAACCGUCGUGCUUGAUCACACCUCCGCAGACUCAGCGCCAACCGACAACAAUGCCGCACCAUCGCCGUCGCCAGAAGACAAGACUUCACGACCGCCGGCGCCCUCACGAGCCUCAACCUUCGGACCGAAAUGUUGGAUAUGUAUGAGUGACAAAAGCGAGGAUGACCCAAACAACCCCCCAAUCUGGCGUUCGCCGUGCUCCUGCAGUCUGACUGCCCACGAGGCAUGCCUGUUGGACUGGGUAGCCGACCUGGAGAACCCUAAAAAUAAGAACAAGAACUCUGGACACAUUCUGUGUCCUCAAUGCAAAUCUGAAAUCAGAAUAUUAAGACCGAGAAGUUACGUGGUAGACAGCUACCGCGCACUUGAUCGGACACUGGGAAAAUUGGUUCUACCGGGUCUGGGUCUUUCUUUUGUCGGUACACUAUGGGCUGGGGCAUGGUUUCAUGGAUUUCAGUCCGUCUAUUUGGUGUUUGGUCAUCACGACGCGGAUCGAGUCUUUAGGUACGCGAUACAACGGAGCGAGUUUGCUUGGAUGUACAGUCUGAUCCCCGUCAAUCUGAUUCUCGCCCGUACCGACUAUGCCGACUUUGCGCUCCCGGGAAGCAGCUUGAUCCUUCUUUCCACACAGAUCACGGACAAGUUUGAUAUUGACAUGACGAUAUGGCCACCCCUACCAAGCACUGUAUUUGCUUGCUUACCUGCCAUGAGAUCAAUCUACAACUGGUGCUACCACAAGGCAUUCUGUGACCUCAACCGCAAGUGGUUAGCAGAAGUACAACCCAGACACAAUGAACGAGGGGACGUGCCAGGGGAAAACGGUGGCGACAAUAAUGAGGACGAUGUGGAAGAAAUAGUCGAGGAGGGCGAAGUUGUUCUUCAAAUUGAUGUCAACUUGAACGGCGAAGAUGAUGAUGAAGGCCUUGGCGACGAACAGGGUGCCGCUGCCGUGAAUGGAGCCAAUGUGCAAGGUCAACCAGAAAACCAACACGUUCGUCGAAUAUUGGGCCGCCACGAUCUUGUGGAUGGUAGUGGCAGUAUUGGACAGACUAUCCUUGGGGCGUUAGUCUUCCCUGCAGUUGCUGCAGGAAUGGGCAAUCUCAUCAGCUGUGUCUUGCCAUCAUCAUGGCUGACUUACAACAACUACACGAACGGCCGACCCGGGCUGCUGUCGACGAAGUGGGGAAGAAGUGUCGGGAUUCUUGCGAAAUCGGUCUUCCCACCCCACGACUCAGUCUUCUGGCUAGACCUGGUGCGACUACAGAUGCACGCCUCUUCGAUCCGUGCCGCGCUGGCACAUGCUUUCCAGAUCACGGCUCGCCCGUCGCUGCGCAGAGUGAUUCCGACAUCGUUUUCUUUGAACAGCAAAGCUACACCUCAAGGGGCGACGAGCUCAAGGUUGUCUUUCUCAACAAGUGCUGCUCAGUAUGCGAAAAAGAAAGGUGGUGGCAGACCUGACAGACGAAUAACUUUGAUACGCUAUUUCCUGCACCACCCCACCACCCUCACGCCGCGCCCGCUCCGCUUCUCGCGCAACAGAUACCUCCGACACUGGACGAUUGCUCGUGCAUGGAAUCUCUAUCGGCACAACCUCAAAAAGUCGCGCGAACUCGAGCUGGAGCGCCAGUACAACGCGAUGCGGGACGCGAAUGAAGAACUCCGCAUCGGCGCCGGCGACGGAGGGCGCCUGUUCCGCAAAGCCCAGAUGAAGACCGGUGUUUGGGGCAUAGGUGGGCCGGGCGCCGCCUCGGGUCCCGCGGCCAGAGGGAGGGGAGGCGUCCCCAUCGAGUACGCCCGUGGGCUGGUCGAGUGGGUGGGCAGCACGGGCGGAUUGGGUGCUGGAGUGGAAGAAGGCGCCGGCGAAGGAAGUGGCAGCAAGGCCAAGAUCUGGGAUUACGCGUGGAAAAGACAUUAA